AUGAACACCACAAUUUACGACGACCUCAUCAUCCAAAUCAUAUCAAACCAAUUUGGCGAGUUUGUCGGACGUGUUUCGCGGGAGUUGUUACUUCACCCAACAACAAUUUUUGAUUUAUGGCGAAGAACCAAAUUUCCAUACAGUCGAGUUUACGAGGCACUGUUAGUACUUCUUCAUCACGGCAUUUUGAGGUACUCGAAGGAUGAACCGAUGGUGUGUUCUAUAGACCAAAACAGAGUUUUAUUCUCAUUGCGACACCCACACUUCGUCGCGCUGAUGCAAGUCAAAUUCGGAGACCUUGCGAAGAGUAUUUCAAUGACUCUUUUGAGUUACGGAAUGCUUAACUUUGACGAUCUGUACGCUGUCAUCCAGUCAAAAGAGCCUGAGUUGGACCGUAAAGAGGUCAAAAAAACUUUCGACGAUCUCGUCAAGGCAAAGUACAUCAUGCGAGUCAACAAGAAUAUUUCAGACUUGGCACAACUCGAGAGAACUUCAACACCAGCUCCUUCCUUCUCCAUUAUGAAACAAAACGACGGACAAAAGAAGAAGGGAAGAAAGAAAAGUAAAGCAGAGAUCGAAAAACCAAUACCUAAGAAGAUGAAGGCGGGCGUCGAUAUCAAAAACAUCAACUCUCCUCUCGACCAAGAAAAUCAAGAAGACGUCGAACCAGUUUGGAUGGUCAAUAUCGAAGUGUACAACAAGGAAAACAUUCUGUCUAAAAUACUUGAGAUGGCAACAAAGAAAUUCGACGAGAAGGCUGGGCCGAUUAUCAACAAGAUGUGGGAGUUGUCUGCGUGCGGGAAGACUCCCGUGGACUUUGCCGUGUUGUGCCAAAACUUGAUUGAGUUGCCACCGGAGACGGUGAGAAAGUAUUUAGAAAUGAUGACGAGAGAUGAGCCAUUUAUUGUUGCGAAGAAUCAGUCUGCUGUAGUUGCGGAGACGAAUAGCUAUAAGUUACAGGUGGAAGCAGCAACUGCAUUUUUAAAAGGACAACUGAUCGAAUCGACGUUGUCUUCACGAUAUGGAGUGUUGGCAGCUAAUGUGUUUCGAGUAUUAAAGAUGAAACACGUCUUGACGGACAGUCAGAUAGCAGACUUAUUAAUUGGUGAUAUUGAUAACAUUCGUGGAAUACUAUUCAAGUUGUUUCAAGCGGGAUUCAUCAACGGACAAGAAGUCCCCCGGUCCCACUUGAGAGGAGGAAAGAAUGCGUACUUCAUGUGGUCUGUCAACUUCUCGCAAACAAAUGCUAUUUUGUUGCGAGAGACUGCAAAGGCGAUCAUGAACACAACGGAGAGAUAUCGGAUGGAGAUUUCGAUGAAGGCGGAGUUGAUUGCCAAAUUCAAAGAAGGAGAAGAAAUGCAGAAGUUGUUGCUUAACACAGAAGAAAUGAGUGAAUACAUGUUACUUGAUAAAAGACAGAGACUGUUACUCGACGCACUAUACAAUCUGAGUGGGAUGUUCUUCUGUUUGAAGGAUUAUUGA